AUGCUAGGGACUCCAAAUGAGACCAAGUUUAGCGACAGAGACGAUCUGCAAACCAUACCGGUUAUUCAGAGCCCCGAUGCCUAUCUGCUCCAAGAGCAGAUGCUUUCGAGUGUCCAUAACUAUGCCCUGGGAGUAUUCCAGUCUCGGAAGUGGAAAUUCGAUCCACUGAGAACCUAUGCGCCACAAGGCUCUCAGGACUUUGGAGCGAUCUGGAAAGACCUAAGCGAUCAAUGCUUUGGUGCAGGCAUUCUUUCCCGGAACCACGGCCAACGCAGAGAAGCAAUCAUGAAGCUGCAGUGUAUUUUAGAAGGCAUCGAAGCCGUUGGGAACGCAUCGGAUCCCCACUUACUGGUCCGAUUCUGGCGUUUGUGCCGGUAUCUCCACGGCAUCAAUCUCUCGACCGAAAACGAACCUAGCCAACCACGCGGGCAGAUACUGAGGUUGUUCAUCACGCGCUUCAGAGACCUCGCGCGAUUGAAUAGUGGAGAGCAGAGUCCAUUGUAUCUCCUUCUGGAUGCUUUCUCAAAAAUGGACUUCGAGGAUGCGAUAUGGGGACUUCGGAUUGGCCAUCUAAGAGCCAUACAGACCUUGCAGUCGAUCAUUGGCGAGCGUCAUCCGAUGGUCUUAUCCAUGCGAGUGUAUUACAUGAAGCAGUGGCGUAUCAAAGAUGGGAGGCACCACGAUAUGCUGGUCGACCACCACCUCCAAACCCUUCGAGCAGCAGAGACGACCCUGGGCACCAGCUCAGACGAAGCGAUUUCGAUUCUCCACGACCUCACAUAUUAUGCUUACUAUUCUCUUCAAGACGAUGCCGAUAUGAAAACCGAUAAGGUUCUGGCAUUCGCCAUUGAAUUGCGGCGCAGAGCUGGCGCACGACUGCACGGUCCUUGCCGGUGGAACAUGCUAACACAGUACUACACAUUUGCGACCCAGAUACUAGCCACAAUGGCUUCCGCGCAAAAUGACCUGGUGCAGGCAGAGAGCUACAUAAGGGAAGCCGUUGCACGAUUCCACAACGGAGAUGUGGAAUGUCAGACUCGCGCCUCGAUGCUUCUGGGGAAAUAUGAACGUUGGAUACGGGACAAAAAUGGGCCCGUGUGGGAGGUAAUGAGAGCAAGGGAAACAAUCCAGCAGUUACAGUCAAGCCUGACGAACGCACUAUCAGGCAAAACUAGGGGUCAUUGA